GGAUAGUUAUGAUAAACCAGAUAUAAAUUACAUGGCAUACUCAAAAGCAAAUCAUUUACUGUACGCUGGUUGUGGCGAUAAUAACAUAUAUAUUAUAAACUUGGAUGACGGAAGAAUUUUGAGAAGCAUGCAAGGCCACACUGAUUAUAUACACUGCCUUGCUAUAAUGGAUAAUCAGCUUGCAUCCUGCAGUGAGGAUGGUUCUGUGAGAUUAUGGGAUUUGCGUAAGAAGGAGAAUACUAGCAUAUUAACGCCCCAUUUAGUAGAUAAAGUUGCUCGACCGCGACUUGGAAAAUGGAUCGGUGCUGUUGAUUUUACAGAAGAUUGGUUGCUAUGUGGCGGUGGGCCUAGUCUAUCGUUAUGGCAUAUGCGAACGAUGGAGGCAGCGACAAUUUUUGAUUUGGCUGAUCAAGGGAUACAUGUGGCGGAGAUCUACGAGGAACGCGUGAUUGCCGGUGGUGCGGCCGCUCAUGUUUAUCACAUGACUUACCAGGGUGAAAUCCUGGCCAAAGUACCAACCUCGAGUCUCACUGUAUAUAGUAUAGUACAUCAAGAAACACCACAUAAGUUGCUCUGUGCAGCUGGUUCUUCGAAUUGUAUCGAUAUCAGUACGAAUUUCAAUUAUCGCGAAAUGAUGCUUAAAUUUGCGUAAUAUUUAGAAUACUACAAAAUUUUUUGAUAUCGCAUAAAGGUUUUAAUUUCUUAUCGAUCAGAUGGAUGGAAUAACAGGUGUAAUUAAUGCUAGAAAUGCGUUUUUUGUUUGUAAUAAAUAUAUUAGUAAAAUAUACAUAUAUUUUUUAUGUGAUACAAUUCUUCUUUUGUACAAAUACAUACAAAGGAUAUUUGCGCGAUUUUUCUUUCCGCGGCAAAGUUAAUUUAUUGGUGGAUUUGUUCCUUUGAUAAAGCAUUUUAUAUUUCUGUCUUUCCUUCUUGCUCUCUCCAAAUCCAGGAUAUACAUCUAGUUCGUUUUGACUUUUUCAUUUAAAUACAUAUUGUACAAGUACAAAGAACAAUGUAAAUGUAAUUUGAUUAAAUUUGGAAAUAUUAAUUAAA